GACCUGGUGCUGACUCUCACACAACAGGACAUGAAACUCCAAUGACUCAGAAAUCACAUCCACGAGGACUGAAUGAAGAAAUCACAAACUUAAAAGUGGAUUAAAACUCCUGAGACGCUGAGGAAAACUUGUUUGGAGGGUUUUUUGUUUGUUUGUUUGUUUUUGCAGAGUGAGACUUUAUGUGUGAAGUGAAUUCCUUUCAAGAACACUUCGUUCCAUGCAUAUAGGGCUUCUUCCACUUUCCCUGUCAACUGUAUUCGACUGUUAAAAUGGCAAACACCAGUGCAUCUGUUUACCAACUCAUUGAAGACUGUGAAGCCACGCACAAGGGACUGUAUAAAUUCUAUGCAGCUGUCAUGAUCGUGAUUUUCAUCUUGGCUUUGCCUCUGAAUGCAUCUGUCCUCCACCUCUUUAUAUUCAAGCUGAAGUUCUGGAAAUCAAACACCAAUAAUGUUUUUCUUUUCAACCUGGUGUUGGCUGACAUUCUCCUGCUCUUCUGUUUGCCCAUAAAGGCACAUAACUUCAUCCAGGGAGAGAGGAGGAGUGGGAACGACACAGUCUGCAAAGCUAUGCUCUUCAUGUUGUUUUUAAACCGAGGAGCCAGCAUCGCCUUCCUAACAGUGACUUCUAUCGAUCGAUACUUUAACGUAGUGCACCCUGGUCGAAAGAAUCUUCUGAGAGCUCUUAAGAAAUCUCCUCACAUCUCGAUCCUCAUCUGGCUGCUUCUUCUGCCUCUCACCAUUCCCACCAUGCUCAAGAACUUUGACUGCUGCAACAGCCACAAAAGCGAGAAAGACGAUACCCUGAUAAAGGAUGUGGUUGACAGUUUGAGAGAGGCGGUCUUCUUUAGUCAGAUCGUCAUCCCCUUUGUCAUCCUGGUCUACUGCACGGUGCGCAUCGUCAACCGGCUCAGGAAAAAAACUAUCGGGGAUAAGACCAAGCUGAGGAGAGCGGUUGUUCUGGUGACCACCGUCAUGGUGGUCUUCUCCCUCUGCUUCCUCCCCUGCACCAUAGCCAGGAUGGUUCUGCUGAUCGUCCGGAUCCAGGAGCUGGGAGAAAUACACCAGGAUAAAGCUGCUGUGGCCUUUGACGGCCUCAUGGUCCUCUCCUACAUGGACUGUCUACUGGAUCCCCUGGUCUACUGCUUCUGUAGCACCAAGUUUAAAGCAAUUUAUCUCUCCAAUUAUUUCCCGUUCUUAGUGAAAGAAACUCCAGUGCCGGUGGACAGCUCAACAGGAAACGCAACGCACCCAACACGCAAUACAGUCAUUUGAAGUUCAUGGAAAGCAGAGGACGGAUGGCUGCUGGACAGGGUCUUGUUUUUCAGUGUGGUGACACAGAAACCCAAAAGGACCUGAGACUGACAGUGUGUCCCCACAAUGUACAAUGCACAGUGUAUGAACUCUGAAGGUAAAGUGCGCCAUGAAGACAAGACAAGACAUACAGUAACUAUUUAAAUUUCUAUUUUCUUAUGAUUCUUAAAUAAACACAAAAGUACAAAAUAGGAGGGACUGUUAUGGUUCCACCAAAGAAUGUCUUGUAGAUAUGUAUGUAAUACUGACUCAACAGGCGAAAGAAUCUCAUUAUUGUCUAGAAUAUAUUAAUAUUGGUGGAUUUUAUUUAGAGAAACAAGUUUUUUUUUGUUUUUUGUUUUUUUUUAAGAGGUAUGCCUCACAGUGAAAGUAUUCACAUCUGUUUUUCUGUUUGGCUUGGACAGUGGAAUAAGUAGUUAUGACCAUGAAAAAUUCCUUUCAAGCAUCAAGAAUCUUAUCUGUCAACUUGUACCAAUCUCACACAGCCUUUAUCUGAGCUUCCACAGUCAAACAAGCAUUAUAGGUUCAACGGCUUCAAUUAAGGGUCAGAACAUAUAACCCCAACACCCAAAAAUGUGUUUAAAUCUUGUCACAUAAAUUUACUCUGAUGCUGUGGUGAGAAACACUGAACCAAGAUGCCUGAAAGGAAAAAAAGCUUUUCUAGAAAUCAUAAAUAGUUUUCACAAGCAUGAAUUCUCCUCCUUGGUGAGGAGAAUCAAAUGUGUGCAUGCAACUGACCUCAAAAUAGAUGCAUAUGAGGCCACUGGCAUUACAUAAGGGUUCAUUCUAAAGGCCCAUACACGAAGCUGGUCAUUAAUGUUGAUUUAAUACUGAAUUGUAGAACUGUUUAUACUGUAUAUACAGAGAGAUGGGUAUUUUCAUUCUGUACAUUUUUCCUGAGUGUUUCUGGGAUAAUUUCUUGUAAAUUCAUUUAAAAUAAAAUUAACUUUUCCUCAUUAUGUUGAGAAGCCCCUUCACACACCACUGAUGAAGAUUUAAAGAUCUGUAUUACUGUGGCAGCAUAAUUAAAAACAAGACCAAUGCCGACCUUUGACCUCAGAUCACACACAUACAAACAGAAUUGUACACAAGCAGCCAACAUGUGACAAUGUGAUAAACAAUAUUUGGCUCCGCAAAUGUCACAUCUGCACAACUGACAAUGUGCUAGUGUACGAAAACACUGCAAAUAUUUACCAAGUAAAGACACGGGCACAGACCCUGAGUCAGAUAAACUGUGAUCUUCAAUAAGUCAGUGUCAGACUUUACAAGCAAACACGACUGUAACACCCUGCAAUGGUUUGUGUCACUUUGUUUACUCUGUAGAUUUAGAUUUAUCUAUAAAUGCAUCAAUCUGCCCAAUUACAAGGAAGACAGGGUCUGUUUUCACAGGCUCCAAUGUCUCAUUUAUUGUUACAGACUGUAAACGUGCAUUAACACAGGAAGCAAACGUAGAAGCAUUUCCACCAUCUACAAAGUGAGUGUCAGUAUAUUCAGUAAUUAGUCAUUUGGGAUUAAGGUGUUUUGUUGGCUCAAACACAUCCACACUCAUGAGUUAAGACAAGUCGUCCUGGCAUGAACGCAGCAGUGUUGCAGCUGUGUCAGCCAAAUGUUGUCAUCUGUUUAGUUGAAAAUUGAUUGUCUUUUUUUUUUAAUGUGUUUUUACUACUGCUGAAAUGUGUGAAUGUAUAAAUAUGUGGUUCUCGCUGAGUACAC